AUUGCAAAACUGAAUGUUUUUGUUUACAUUUUCUCUGUAUAUGUUUUCAGUGCAAUAAAAAUCAAAGAAAAUCAGGGAAAUAGCUUCAAUUUAAAGCAGUAAAUUGUAAAUUCAGACUCUAGUGCUGAGUGCGCAUCAUGUUCAGUGUGAGAAAAGUCUUUUCACCUGCUGUCGGAGGUGUUUUGCGACAGUUUUUCCGGUGCAGAGAAAAUGUGAGGUUAGGUUCCACAUACAGGGCAGCUAUUCUCACGGAAUUCAAUAAAAUCCCCAAAAUUGAAAUGAUAAAGGUGCAGGAAAAUCUUUUCCCUGGCCAGGUUAAAGUUGGCGUUCAUUUCUGUAGUCUCAACGACACUGACGUCCGGAUAUUGGAGGGAACGGAAAAUGUGGAGCUCCCCUUGGUGCCGGGAUGUGAAUUUUCCGGGGAAAUUGUUGCCGUUGAUCCGGACAAUAGGUUGGAUUUCAAAGUUGGCGACCGGGUGGUUGCUCUUCGGGGCUUCCACACCAGCGGUGGUGGCCUGGCCAGUGAGGUUGUUCUCAGUGAAUUUGAUUGCUUCCCAAUUGGCAAUAUCUCCCUGAAAGAUGCUGCAAUCCUUCCGUAUGGCCAUGGCACGGCUAUGUUGGCAUUUUCCAAGUACUGCCCCCUCAAUGAAAAUGAUCCGGUGAUUGUAAUUGCGGGCCCCGGAGGGCUGGGGCUGGGGGCCAUUGAGGUGGCUUCGAGUGUCUUCCGUGCCCACGUCAUUGGCAUUUGUGAUACGCAAGACAGUAGUAUUCUAAUCCGCGACGAAGGAGCUUUCCAAACCAUCUGCAUGUCCGAGGGCUACGCCAAAAUCUACAGAUUCCUCAAAAAUGCCCUCGGCAAUCGUCGUGCCAGGUGCAUCUAUGACGCCGUCGGUGGGGAAGCCCUGCGGCUCCUUGAAGACUUUAUUGAUCCCCAAAAUGGGUGCAUCCUCACGGCGUAUCCCCUCUUCAACCGCGAAGCCUUCCAGGCAUCCACCCCUGAAUACAAUGUUAAACCCAAAGAUCGUCUCGAUCGAGCGGAAAUCGAUAAACUCCCCCCAAUUCACGAGAGAAUCCAACAUGUUGAUCUCUAUAGCUACCAAUACAGUGAUCGUGAUUUCUUCCGGGAGAUCAUUGAGGAGACUCUUUCGCUUCACAGCGAGGACCUCAUUAGUGCGCAUGUUAGCAAAAUCUUCACCCUGGAUGAUCUCGAUGAUGCCGUGGAGUUUAUAAAGAAGAAGAAAUGCACGGGGAAGGUUCUAAUUGACCUUAAAGAAGGUAAAACAAAGCCCAAAGACGAUUCCGAUGAGUCCGACAACGAAGACAAGCGCAAAGAUUGAGAGGUAAAGUCUCAAUUUCAUCCCAAAAACUCCCCUCUCCAUUUCUUUAAUACAUAAAAUGUUAUAAAAUAAUAAAUAAAACGAGAUUGAGACGAAUGAUAGGAAAAGUAUCUCCAACAUGUAUCUCUCACAGCGUGGUGGAGGGCAGUUUGUGGGCCAAUUCUGUCACUUUGUGGGAAUUGCGUCAGGUCGGAAGUGGGUUCAUUUCGAAAGUAUAUACUCCACAUUGAGUGUGUUACAUGAAUGGCGCAGCAUAAGACGCUACAAACGAAAAAAAAAGUCUUUCACCAAACAGCAGCGUCUGGAGGCUCUUAAAAGUACAUUUAAAUCUUUUAAGACCUCUUAAUUCAUUUUGGAUAAUUAGCUUUUGUUGUCCCUUAAAUACACCACAAUUUGUUUUAUUUGAAUAUUAUCUAAUGAAUAAAAAACAUGCAACAUACACAA